AUGACUAUCCGCGCCUUUCUUAUCGCGGCUCUCCUCUCGGCCAAUGGACUUGUAGAUUCCGCCCCCGUUGCUCAGGAGUCUGCAUCUUCGGUUCCUCACCCACACCCGUCCUUCACUGGUUCCUUCCCUGAACCAACUGGAAGCCAUUCCCACCACUCUUUCACGGGGACUUUCUCUGUGCCGACUGGUGGCUUCCCACAUCCUUCGCACACUGGGACUUUCUCUGUACCGACUGGUGGCUUCCCGCAUCCCACGCACACCGGGACUUUCCCCCAACCAACUGGAACCCACCCGCAUCCAACCCACACUGGGUCGUUCACUCACCCAGUGCCUCCACCUCCAGCGACUCUUGAGCAAAGGGAGCCUCAAGAUUCUCUACCGACAGGCACCCACCCACACCCCUCCUUUACUGGCACAUUUCCCAUUCCUACUGAGAGCUUCCCACACCCUUCCUUCACGGGUUCGUUCCCUAAACCAACUGGAAGCCACUCCCACCACUCCUUCACUGGAACUUUCCCUAUCCCUACUGAGAGCUUCCCACACCCUUCCUUCACGGGUUCCUUCCCCGAGCCAACUGGGAGCCACUCCCAUCACUCAUUCACUGGUACUUUCCCAUCUUUCACUCGCCCCACAGGUAGCUUCACCGGUAUCCCGUCGUUCACAAAGCCAACUGGGGUUCCGAGCUUUACGGGAUCGUGGAGUACAAGACCAAGACCAACCCAUACUUCCAAAGUCCCACCACCACCACCACCAGCAGAAACUACGUAUUAA